GACUCUCCUGCAUCAACAAGGUCAACUUGUCCAUUCACGUCCAAAAGUGUCCUCAACGAACAACAUAGGACCAUGAGUUCAGUGAUGUAUCCACGAUUAUAGUGGAAGAGCAAAACCAAGCGUUGUUCGCCAUCCCUUCCGUAACCCACGACUGCAAUGGCCACCGCCACGGGAUGGGCACAACUACGUCAACAGAUCAGGACGCUGGAAAGCCAGACUGAAGCUCUGUUUCACACCUAUUCACAAUAUACCUCCACCCCCAAUCUCCCUCCCAAACCGUCAGACGAUGAACAGAGGAACGAAGCGGAAAUACAGGAGCUGCUGGAAAAGCGUGAAGGAUUGGUCUCGCAACUCGCGCGCCUACUCGACUCCGAAAGUGCCCUGAGCACGUCCAGCUUGAAGCAGAACAAUCUCUCUCGGCACCGCGAAGUCCUCAGCGAACACCGCCAGGAACUCCGUCGCCUAAAGGGCUCCAUUUCGGAAGCCCGUGACCGGCAACAUCUUCUCGCGAACGUGCGCUCCGACAUCGACGCAUUUCGAUCCUCCAACCCAGCCGAGGCCGAGGCCGAGUACAUGCUACAAGAAAGGACGCGAUUGGACCAAAGCCAUAAUGUCAUUGACGGAGUGCUGUCCCAAGCAUACGCUAUCAAUGAGAGCUUCGGUAUCCAGAGAGAGACUCUAGCAAGCAUCAAUCGACGCAUUACUAGCGCCGCUGCCCAAAUCCCAGGCGUGAACGGGUUGAUCCAGAGGAUAGGGUCAAAAAGGCGGAGGGAUGGAAUCAUUCUCGGGAGCUUCAUCGCCUUUUGUUUCCUGAUGCUGCUCUAUUUCAGCUAAUACCGCAUAAUGGAGACGGUACCACGGCAAGCAGUAUUGGAGGUUAUGCAUUCAAUGGCAGCAACCUCAUUCGGAUCUCGGGGCUCCAUCACACAUACUCACACUUCACCAAUAAUUCCCUGCAAUUGACAUUGACGCCAGAGGGUCGUCAGAGCCUCCACCUCCAGAGUAGCCCAACCUCUGAGGAUAUCGUUUCAAAAGAUGCAUCAGGGGCUAAGAUUUGUGGUGGACUGAAUGAAAGAUGCAACAGGUCGGGCGUCGAGCGUGGAAAGCAGCUGAAGACCGGUUUUUUUUUUUGCAUACACACGAAAACGAAGCGCAAACAUCCCCCGGGACAGUGUGAUUCUUGCUAGGGUUCCAGAUUUGAGAAGAAGGCGUCCAACGUCGGUUGUGCACCUCCCAAAACCGGUUCCAUCCCACGGCAGAACCCAGGUUUCAGGACUCUGCUACAUCUGCGCUGACAUUACAAAGCCGCAUCUGGUUUGAUCAUGCUAUUAAAGCUGAGAGGAAUUCGGCGGAGGUGAUUUUCAUCUUUUGCUUGUAACAUCAUUGUCAUGAAGCUGGUCGGCGAGCAUAGCUAGUGACACAAUUUGCAAAGGUGUCUUAAGGUCAUCGGGCGCCUGGGACAGGGGUUGGGGAUUCUGGUUUCGUCGCACGGUGCUUCAGGCUGUUUGACAUGACCACGCAACACAGCAUCAUAUGUCUGUCUACUGCCUGAGGCUCUUGAGUCGCAAGAUCUAGUUUGCCUGUAUCAUAUACGGCAUGCAUAUAUUAAGGCUGUAAUGCAAGACCUUUUUCUGAGCUAGGCACCAGCGGGAGGCCACACAGAG